UUUGUUUGUCUAUGGUUUUUAAUCCAAAUGUUGUGACUUAUGAACUAUUAUUGUAGAAAAACAAAAUUUUAAUUUUUAGAUCUUUACUUUAGGUGAAUGUUUCUCAGUAAAUCCAAAAUAAAUAUUAUGGAAACUAAUAUAUAUUUAAACUCCUAGGAUUUGUAUAAUCGCUGCUUAACUAUUCUAACUAGUGACUAACAGUGCCUGCGGUUUUUCCAUAGACAUAUAUAUCUUGUUUGAAUCAAUCUUUCUAAUACUAUUUUAUUGUGACCUGUGACGAGCAUUAAAAUAUUUCAAUAUGGAAGCAGUACCGCGCCUACCUAUGAUUAGUUUUCUAUUGAAGGUGUCAUCUGAAAAAGCCACUUUCAGCCAACCAUUGAAGCAGUACAUAUCCCAGUACUAUGGAGAAGAACCUGAUUCUUUCAAUAAUGAAAUUCAUAACUUGGAAAGUUUGAGAGGUGGAGCAGUUCGGCCAACUAUUGAUAUUGAAGGAAUUCAACUUCUGAAGAAGUAUUAUUGUCAACUGCAUUUCCUGAAAUCUCGUUUUCCCAUGGAGGAGCUUCAGGCAGCUGCUGUUUACUUUUCAUGGCAAGAUCCUUAUUCAACAAUGGCUUGUACCAUACCAGAUAUAAGAUUCGAAUUGAUGUGCAUCUUAUAUAAUAUAGGAGCACUGCAUUCCCAACUUGGAGCAGCAGAUCAAAGAAUUACCCCAGAUGGAAUGAAAAUAGCAUGUACUCACUUUCAAUGUGCUGCUUGGGCGUUUCAGGUUUUGAGGGAGAAUUACUAUCAAAUGGUCACAUAUAUUUCAGCUAUUGAAAUAGUUCAUUUUAUGGAACUUGUUUGCUUAGCUCAAGCCCAAGAAUGUAUAUUGGAAAAAAGUAUGAUGGAUAAUAGGAAAGCCUCAAUUAUUGCAAAGGUGGCUGUGCAAGUAGUGGAUUAUUAUAAGAAGGCACAAAUCAUGCUUCAAGGAGGUGUCUAUGAAAACAACUACAGCGAUUAUGUCCAAGUGGCUACAUUCAAAGAAUGGGGGAAAUAUUUAAAUUUUAAAGUGGCGUAUCAUAAAUGUAUUACACUUCUAUACCAAGGUCAACAGGCAGAAGAACAACAAAAAAUGGGAGAACGAGUAGCUUUAUAUCAGGCUGCCGCAGAGCAAUUGGAAGAUGCAAGAAAACUUUCCGUUGGCCUGGAAAAGAAACAAGAUAUCACAGAGGCGUUGGCUUUCACAUCAGACUUUGUAGAAGGAAAGAAAAAAGCUGCAAAAAAUGAAAAUGACUUUAUAUAUCACGAAGAAAUUCCUAAUAAAGAUACUUUUCCAGAGGUGAAAGGAGCAUCUUUAGUGAAGGGAAUACCCUUCAACAUAACGGAUGUUGAGGUUUCUGGGCCUGACUUGUUUGCGAGGUUAAUACCAAUGGAAGCACACGAAGCAUCAUCCUUGUACAGUGAAAGAAAAGCAAAAGUUUUGAGACAAUAUGGUGAAUUGAUUGAAAAUAAAGAUCAGAAGCUUGCUGAAUUCAUGUCGUCUUUGCAAAUUGAGUUUCUUAAUGAUAUGAGACAAGCAACAGGAAUACCCCAAGAGAUCGUUGAUAGAGCCGCAGCUUUAUCAGCAAAACCAAAUGCAAUUCAAGAUUUGAUAAGUUCUAUGACCAAAUUGUCCAAUAGUUUCCAUGAAGUCGAGUCAUUAUUGAAUGAGAUUGACGACUUAUUGAAGGAAGAAGGACACUCAGAAAAAGAAUACCAAAAAUCGGUAGGGGAAAGGCCACCUAGUAUUAUAGCUACUGAUUUAUCCCGAGAAGCAGCAAAAUAUAAAGAAGCUCAUAACAAAGCUAAUGAGUCAAACCAGAAUUUGCACAGAGCAAUGGUAGCACAUGUUGGAAACUUGAAAACAUUAUCACAACCGUUGAACCAGUUGCAGAUGAGCAUGCCGUCAGUGAAAAUGCCUGAUCCUAAUAUUGAUGAGUCUGCCCUGAAAGAAGUGGAAAUGCUAUUAGGGAAAGUUGAAGAAAUGAGAACCCAACGAAGUAUAUUAUGGGCCCAAUUAAGAGAUGCACUUCAGUCUGAUGAUAUAACAUGCGUUUUAGUUACCAAAGAAGAACAUCAAAAUGUGGAGGAUAUUUUUUCUAAAGAACUACAAAAGCAUCAGCACUUGACUACUUUGAUUGAGCAGAACGCAGCAGCUCAGGAUAACAUCAUUAAAGCUUUCAUUGAUGCGUAUGCUAGAUUUUCUUCAACUCGAAGAUAUUUACAAGGUGUUAUAACCAAAAGGCAAUCAACAAUCAAUUCCCUGAUCUCUUCCUAUGAUAGUUAUGAAGAUUUACUGUCGAAAGCCAAUAAGGGAAUAGAAUUCUACACCAAACUAGAGACUAAUGUCACUAAACUUCUUCAAAGAAUAAAGAGUUCCUGUAAGGUCCAGCAAGAAGAACGUGAGCAGAUGCUUUCCAAAAUAACUCCACCCACAAAACCCGAAUCUAAUCCAACCGAAUCAAAUAUGCCAAAAUUGAAAGAUUAUUUAGAAUCGAUGAGGAAGAAAACACUACCGAAAUCAACAACCGAACAAGUUUACAUGGGCGCUAAUUUUAUGGGAAGUAUAACUAAUAAUGAAACCCAAAUUUGGCCUCUAGGUGUAAGACCUACACCACUUGGAUCAGAAUUAAAUGAAGUAGCAACUGCUGCAUAUGAUUCUACCAGUCGAUUAUCAAUGAAUUCUUCUUAUAUACAAGAAAAAAAUCCACAAUUCACAAAUACAAAUGAUAAAUUUGAUCCAAUACAACAUGGGAUGAAUGCCUUUAGUCAACAAUAUAUUGCCUCAGGUGGCGUACCAAGUCAAUCAGUAAUGGGUACUCAUCAAAAAAUUCCAAGUUUUUCUGCAGAUAUUGAUAUGACACUAGAAAAAAGAUUGAAAGCUCUAGUACUCAAUAAUGAAGAAGGUACUUCUUCUGUACCUUAUCAACAAUAUGAUAAUCAAAGUUACAUGUAUAACUCUGUGCCUUCUACUAAUGUAUUGUUGAAUAAAACAGAAGUACCGAUCCAACAAGGACUUGCAUACGCCAAUGAUGGAUUGAAUAGAUCAAAUCACUUCGGAGCAGGAACUGGCACAGUUAAUCAAUUGAUUACAGAUAAGAAUUUUUCCAAUCUUGUGACUGGUCACAUUAACCCACCAAAUGCCAAUACAUUGCAACCUAGUUCUUUCAGUGACAUUGGAACUGCAAAUAUUAACGCAACUCAAACAAGCAACUUUUUACAAAAUCAGACUGGCAACACCAUGGCACAGAUGAACUUGUCGAGUGCAGAUUUGACUCAACCUGGUAGUAGCACUUUCAACCAAAUAAAUUCUGCGAAUAUGAACCUAACUGAUUCGAGAACAUCUUACACAGCUCAAUUCAGUUCAUAUAUCCCAACACAUUAUCAACAAAUCAAUCAAAUUCCUCCUGCUCAACCAAUUUUGCAAGAGGGACAGAAUACAUUGAAUGAUUUUUAUGCUAGUGGUUACGCUACUUCUUUGAACUGUCAGUCAUCAGGUUUGGCAACCGUUCAAAGUAAUAGAUAUUACAGCGCUGAAGUUACGUCACAGCCUGAGCAAACAACAGGAAUCUAUAGUGCUAGUUAUGGAACAGCUCAGACUUAUCCAACAAAUCAGAUGCAGUCGAAUUCGUAUUAUGCAUAUGACGGUCAUCAAAAUUCCACUCAACCACCUAACUAUUUUCCUUAUUCUGAUAAUGUACAAACGCAAAACUAUAACACACCUUCUACAUACAAUUCAAAUGACCAAAAUAGCGAGUUAACUUCAGGAUAUAAUACAAAUGCAUUCAACCAAUCUCAAUACAGUGAAGGUUAUGUUGGUGCAGGUUCCCUUCUUGCUCCAAAUCCAUGUAAUCCGAUUUAUAUGUACACCCAAGCUGGAAUGAAUUAUUCAUACAACCUCAACAAUACUACUUCGAGUAAUGGUGGCUUAACUUCACCCCAAUGUCUACAGACUUCUGAAGCAGGCAAAUAUUCCUAUCCAAACUUACCAAAAUCUAAUUAUAUGAUUGCAGCACAUUCGGAAGAGAAGAAAGGGUCUUCUACUAUUGAUUUACUGUCGGGUCUAGAUUUUUCUAUCAGUCAAGAACCUCUUGAGCCAGAACAAAAAGAAAAUGAUCCAACAGAAAAAAGACAUCAAGUUCCAAUUUCUGAUCCACAAAACAUUUCCGUAAAUACAGUUUUACAUAAGAUCAAACCAGAAGACAAUGAGAUUGACACAAGCUGUUCUAAAAGCUCUGAUCCUACAUUGAAGAUCACAGAAAGCAAGCCUUUAGACAAUGAAAGCGUUAAAAAACUAUUUUGUACUGAAAUAGAGAAGUAUGAAAAGUUCGUGGAUGUUUUGAAUAAUAAAACAUUAAAUGGUUCUACGAAUCUAGACUCAAAAUGGAAAGAAAUCCAAGAUACUCAAGAUGGUGAGGGUAUGCGGAAGAAUAUAUCUGUGGCUAGAUGUUAUCCUAUGAAGAAUCGUUAUCCAGAUAUUCUUCCUUAUGAUCAUUCUCGGAUUGCAUUAAGUUCAACAGAAGAUGAUUAUAUCAAUGCCUCUCUUAUCAAGGAUAUUUCAUCAUUUGUUCCACCUAUCAUAGUCACUCAGGCUCCACUCCAAACCACCAUAGUUGAUUUUUGGACUAUGAUUAUAGAGCAACACGUGAAAAUUAUCGUAUGCUUUUUAGGUCAUAAUGAGAACCAAAGAGAAAUCUACUGGCCACCAGAUUGUGGUAAAGAUUACCAUGUUUCCAACAUGGUAUUACGCCUACAAAGCAUCAACACUAAAACUGACUGGAUUGAAAGAUUAAUAUCCAUAAAUAUUCCAGAAAGGAAACAAUUUGCUACUGUAUUACAUUUACAAUUCACUGACUGGCCUGAGAGCUCACUUCCAGGAUCCCCAGUUCCUCUCAUAAAAUUCGUGAAAGAAUUCAUAAUACUUCAACAGCAGCAGAAAUUAUAUUCAAAUCCUAUAGUUAUACAUUGUUUAUCCGGAAUUGGUAGGAGUGGUGUGGCUUGCUUAUUGAUGUUAGCCAUUUUGGAGGCCACCAACAGUACAACGCUGCCUGAUUUAACUUAUCUAGCGAAUAAGCUAACGUCUUUCCGGAAGAACUUUUUGAAGGACAGAGAGCACUUGAAAUUUGCGUACGGUGCAUUUCUAACCUAUAUGAAAGAGAUAAUUUCCAAUAAUGGUAAUUCGAGUUUAAUUUCUUUUUGCUAUCAUAUUUCCAAAGCUUGUAUAGGUAAAUAGAUCUCGUUUUACUAAUUAUUUUAAACAUUCAUAAAUCUGACAGAAUUAAUAACAAAAAACAUAAUUUACACUUAGUGAAUCAGGUGAACCGGAAGCUCAGCGCUCAGAUUCACUACAGUCAAACGAGAAUCUGGGCGACCAAUCAAAUUGAGACUUACGAACAGAACGAACAUCUGCUUUCGUUUUCGUCCCUGCCACUUAACCAGGGAAGAUUCAAGGGCAUUGAAAAACAACUGGCCAAAAUGAUUGAGUGAAUCCUCUUGUUGAUACUCUUUGGACGUUACUGUCUAUGUGAAUGUGUGGGGGGCCGCUCACGAGGCGUUGUGUUGUCGUUUAGUUUGAGAAACGUAGGCGAGGUAUUCAUUUCAAGCAUUGUGCAUGGCAGUAUGACCAGGCGUUUAACGACUAUCGUUUUUAUGUCCAGUCGUCUCAGUGGUCUCGAAGCUACCGAUUUUUCGGUAUAUCUACCGAUUUGAGGCUUGCCCUUCCGAUAUGAAUUUUCCACAAUUCUUAGGAAAUCGGUGACCAACGGACGAAUGUGAUGAUUCCUAAACGCGUCGUUCAGGUGUGCGGUCGGAGAGGUGUUCUAACAUUGGAAGACGAGCUUCGUUACGAACAACUACUCGACGUAUCUCCCACGCGUAGCAUUGCCGACAACCUUGUGAGAUUUCAUGAAAAAAUAAAGUUGUGCAUUGCCUUCUAGUUGGAAAUCGCAGUUUUCAGUAGAGGCAACGCAGGAAAGCUGAAAAUAUUUCAGAUCGAUUGAAUAGUUCUAACUAUUCGGAUCGGAGAAUGAAAAAAUUCAUGUAUUUCUGACCUGAUAAAUGAAGUUUGACCAGUUGAGUGGAUUUCCAUAAAAUAUCGGUAAUUUUCUAGGUAGAGAUUGCCUUUUCAUGAUCUUCGUUAUUUGAGGAAGAGAAAUUGGAUUUUCAUCUCGAGAGGUGGAAGCUGAUUAAUGUAUUAUACAUAUAACCUAAAUGAAAAUACAGCUAUUCUUUCAUAAUACCAAUGGUUCGAUAAUGUCUUGUUUGUUCCGAAUCAUUCCCAAAAUUGUCGCCUCGUUCAUUUUGCGUGCUUUAUUGUUCUAGAAAACAUUUUGUCCGUACGUCAUCAGCUCCAAAAUAAUCCUUUUAGUUAGGCUGUACCGUUUAAAAAUAAUUGAGAUCAUUUGGCGAAGGAACAUCAUUCGAAGUUAACCUUCGAAAGAGCCUACGAAAAAACCUGGCCUUUCUCCCGAUUCGUGAGUAAUGUUGAUCUGAAAUGUCGAAUGACAUAAAGGUAUAUACGCGAGUCGCUUUUGACACUGACCGAUCGUUUUGCAACAUGCAACAUUUUCUUUUCAAUCACACUCAGAAGCAAGUGCUGCUUUUCUAUUGCGCUUUCAGUUCCAUACUCUGGAAUGAUUUUACUCAAUCUCUACGAUUAACGAUUAAAUAAAAAUGCGUCAUAUUUUUUGAGUGAUUUAUUUUUCUGUUAUAGAUAAUACAUUUAACUCUUCAGACCCCGUGGAAGGUGAGAAAUCUGCAGAAAGUUCAA